AUGGGUAUUUUUAGAUUAACAAGAAUUAUUCAAGCUAAGAAGAUUUUCAGACGUAUGCUUUCAAGUUCAACUCACAAGGCAGAUGUACCAAAAGGGUGUUUUGUCAUUUAUGUUGGUGAAGAUAAGAAAAAGAAGCGUUUCAUUGUCCCAUUGUCAUACCUGAAGCAUCCUUCGUUUUUGAACUUGCUAAUGCGGGCAGAAGAAGAAUAUGGUUUUGAUCAUCGUAUGGGAGGCCUCACAAUCCCAUGUAGAGAAGACACUUUCCAAACCAUAGUUAACAAGGAAUUAAUAAGCUAUUCCAAUGAUUCAGAAAUAUUGCCUUCUGCUUAA